AUGGCAGACGCUAAAGAGAUUUUGGCUAAUUUCGAGAAGGCUGCUAUAGUAAUGAUGAGUCCGCCUAAUCAAGUUAGCGGGGAAGACUAUCGAACUGCUGAAAAGAUUUUCUUAUCCUUUCGUAGAGCCAAACAGCCUUAUUCAAUCUGUAAAUACAUGUUAGAAAACAGCAGCAAUACCUAUGUCCAUUUUCAAGCUGCUAGUACUAUAAAAGAAGCAAUCGUUCGGGAAUGGAAAUUAAUUAAUGAGAACGAUAAAAAUUCACUACGCGAAUUCUUACUGAAUUACGUUAUUGGCCAAUCUAGAUGCCAAGAUUAUGUUCGAGAGCAAAUUCUUUCCUGUGUUGCUAUUAUGUUUAAAAAGUCAGCAGUAACCGAAUCUGGUAUAAAUGAUCUUGAUAACUUAUUAUCCACUAUCUAUCAGUUAAAAAACAGCGAUUCAAGUAGGGUGCGACUUAAGCCGUAUCUUUCCUAUUUACCUAUAGCCGUUUAUGAGGAUAAUGAUUUACAGAUAUUCGAAUUUUUCACAAUUGCUAAUCGUCCUAAAUUUGGCCAAGCGGACAACAAUAAAUUUGUUACCUUUAGACCUAGUCGUGAUUGGGAUGAUAUGAUUUCGAAUCAAUCGACCAUCAAUUUAUUUUUAGAGCUAUAUCAGAAAUUGCGACAAGAAUCACGCUUGUGUCAUCUCACACUGUUGUGUAUUUCUCAGUUGAUCUCUAUAUGCGGUGAUGUAUUUCCAAGUAUUCAAUCAAGAAUGUCUUACAAUACGUAUCUGAUAACUUCGUUGAUCAAGGCACGAAACAGGCAAAUUUGUCAUGGCGUUGAAGCUCAAGAUUUAGCAGACGUUUUUAAUCGGAUAGUUAUUGUCGAUAAAUUAUUGGAACACGUACAAGAUGAAGCCAUAUUCACUUUUAUUGAUGACCUGUCUCAUUUAACAUGCGCUUGCCUGGAAAAUUGUGUUAAAGAAGAAAUGGAAUAUAUAGAAGAAACAUAUUUUUCUUAUGCUUGUGACCAGUUGUUAGAAUGCUGGUUUUCCAUCGUUAGUGAAGAUACUGCAAAAUUUGACGUCAAUCGUAUCUCUCUAAAUGCUAUUGCAAUAUUUGAGUGUUAUCUGAAAUGUCACCUAAGUGAAGGCCGAAAAUCUAUCUGCGCUACCCUUACUGGCCAUGAUGCCGAACUUGAAAUUGAUGAAUUAGAUGAAGAUGACCGAGUUUCAUACGGUGAACAAUUAUUAAAUAUCGGCAUACUUGGAAGAUCGGUUCUAUCCCUCUCGUUACCCUUACUAUCGCAGUUAUUGGAAAAUACGAUAUUAACUUUAAGACAAUACGUAUCACGUCCACUUUCCGCCGGAAUUGACCACAAUGCUCUUAUGGAUGAUAUCCACUGGUUAAUAUUAAUUGCUGGUAGUGUCCUGACAGAUGAAAAUAAACUUGAAGUACCUUUGAUACCUUCCGCGAUAUUACGCUACUCAGAUAAUAUACCUAACUCUGACAAUUACGCUAACCUAGUUAAGCUUUUAUCUCACAUCUGUUGUAAUGAUUCCAGAAGUAUAGAUGACAACAUGGUACAACUAUUGCAUGUAGAAGGGAUCAAUCAUGUAUUCGUGAUAGUUUUUUUAAUGUUAUUCAUUUCUCGAAUUGAACAAGAAGUAUUACAAUCAGCUGCAGCUGAUUCUCUGAGCCCUCAAGUUGGAAAAACGAUUGUUUGGUUUUUGACACGAUGGAGUCAGGCUUAUUUAUUACCGAUGGAGAAUCGCUAUGAUCACAUCAGUUUGUCUUUAAUUUUGACGUUUGGUCAAGACUGUGAUCUUGGCACACAAACUGUCAAAUUUCUUAUUAGAAAAGUAAUGUCCAAUUUAACGUUUUGGAGCUCGGAAAACGAUGUCGCUAUAGAAUCUAUUAAUUUGUUAUCUACUGUUGUAGAUAAUAAAGCUAGAUGCCAUAUCGCAGUUUCUUGCGAGGAUCUUUGGAAUUUGGCGGUACAACAAGCUGGUAACACCAAUUUAUCUACUAAAAAGUUAUCUGGGGCUGCUCAAAAACAGUUAGCGUGUGCUUUAAUAAAAGCUGGCUCUUGCGUAGAUGAUAAUGAUGCUAGAAAUCGAUUUUGGAGCAACGUUUUACAACCGCUAAAAAGUCGAUUUUUAGCUGCGCUACAAGGGCCACUGCUGGCUAAAAUGAUACAGGAUUCGGCUCUUAGGGAUGAAUUAUGCAAUACUAUCGAUUGCUGUUCUGGUGUUGCUCUUGCAACAACUGCAUCAUCAGUAUCAGCUCUAUUUUCAUAUUUGCUGGGUAUUUUACAUGAUUGUGUACCGCUCCUACAACAUUUUUCCAAUUUUCCUGAUAUGGUAGAAACGAUCCUUGAGUUUUUCGUAAGCACAACUAAGUCGCAGAUUGCUUACUUAAAUCAGAGGGAAACAAAUGAACUUUUUAAAUUAUGCUUGGCCAUAAUUCAGACAUAUGCUAAAUGUAGUAUAGGGAGAUUUAACGACACAGUACUAGCUGAAGAAGAAAAAUUUACGGAUUUGUGUCUAAUAUUACAACUUUUAUCGCACGUUACCUCGAAAGAUUAUCUUGAUUUUUCAAAAACUGAGAUUAAAGUUGAUGCAGGACAAGAUGAUGCUAUAUCUGUUAUUGAUGUAGUUUUAAGUGGUUUAAAUUUUAUUAUACCACUUAUGAACGAAAAUCUAUUAAAGAUUCCAGAUUUAUGUUUGCAGUACUUUAAGUUGGUCUCGUUUCACUGCGAAAUUCAUCCUGGAAAAUUAGUCGACAUUCCACAAAAUUUAUCGAAUUCGUUAAUGGUAUCUCUUGAUAUGGGUUUGCGCAGAUUUGGUAGUGAGGUCAGCAAAUUAGCUUUGGAGUCUAUUACGGGAUUAGCUACAUUCGUGUAUGGAAAAAAAUGCAAUAAAGAGCGAAAUAGUCUAAUGAUCGGUAUCGAAGUGUUUAUGAAGUCAAUUUUAGACGUUGUAUUUUCCGAAGAUUUUGAUAUGGAUUUACUACAACCAACGUCUGAAGCCCUUUAUUGCAUUAUCUGUUGUCAUCCGAUACCAAAGCGAUACUCAUAA